AUGGCAACCAAAAUAGUUUGUGAAUCCAAAAUUCUCCUGACACUCAAUAAUUAUGCUCUCUGGCUACUACCCAUGAAAGCGAAGCUCCACAAAGCCAAAUCCCUCACAAUUGUCACCAGAAUCCAUACCUGUCCUGACCCUGAAAUGGACAAAGAGAACACUAAACUCUAUGUCAAACUUAAUGAAGAUGAUUAUGCCAAAAUUGUCCAACAUCACAAUCAGGAGAUUCUUGCAUAUGUUAGCUCUACCUUACCCAAGACCAACAAAUUCAACAGUUACAAGCUUUGGCAACUCUUGAAACAAAAGUAUGCUGGCAACAAUCUCACUUCUCGAACCACUUCCCUCAAGAAAUACCUUGCAAUAGAAUACGACUUGUUCUUGUCGUUUAUCCCUCUUGUUCAAUUGGCCAAUCAGAAAAUCUCCCUCUCACAACUUGCACUUUACAAUCAAGUCAAGAUCAUACUGAUGCUUGAUAAACUUCCUCAAGAAUUUCACUCAUUCAAAACCAACAUCUCUAUGAACUUUGAAACUGUACCAUUUGAACAAGUUCUGAAGAAGCUAGAAGACUUUGCUGCUCAAAACCAGUUGCAUGAAAUCAAGAAAUCACUGACCCCAUUGGAAGCAACAAUGUACACACAAUCUUCUAACCCCAAGAUCAUCUGUCCUCAUUGCAAGCAAGGAUUCCAAGCAUGUUCCCACUGUUUCAAGAGUGGCCACACCAAAGACAACUGUUUCCAAAAACAUCCCAACAAACGAGCUCCAAAUUUGGUUGCUUCCUUGUCCAAACAACACGCAUUCCAUCUGACUUGA